CAACAACAACAGUGUUGAAGGACGUAUAGGAUUUGUUAUUAUCGGUCUGUGGAAUAGCGGGGACUUUGACUUUCGGUCCAGCCAAGCCUGGGAAAAACUCCCGCCCUGUGGGGAAGAACUGAUGGUAAAAUCCCUGCAAAUUACCCCUGCACCCCAGGGACUCUAAAUUUGGCGCGAAUACAAAACCACCUCAUUCACCUGGCACUGGGGGAUCACUGGGAAGGUGAACUGUUGGAAGAAAAUUAUUCAAAUAGACUCUCAACAAGAUUGUUGCAGACAGAAUCAAUUGUUAACCCAGGAGCAAAAGAAAGGCUGCAUCAGGUCGUUUUAAUGGAUACCUCGUUUAUUCCAGUACCAAAGGUCAUCAAUGGAUCGAUAGCUGGGAUUGUUGGAGUGACAUGCGUGUUUCCGAUCGAUCUCGUUAAGACUCGUCUACAAAAUCAACAGGUCUUGCCAAAUGGGCAGCCACUCUACAAUAACUUGUUUGACUGUGCCAGAAAGACCUUCAAAAAUGAGGGUGGAAUUUUGGGAAUGUAUAGAGGAUCCGGAGUGAACCUUCUGCUUAUCACUCCAGAAAAGGUCAUCAAACUUGUCGGCAAUGAUUUUUUCAGACAUCUUCUAACAAACGACCAAAACAAGCUGACAUUGCCGCGGGAGAUGUUAGCUGGUGGUGGGGCAGGGUUAUGUCAGAUCAUAGCGACCACGCCCAUGGAACUUUUAAAGAUUCAGUUGCAAGAUGCAGGACGUAGUGCACGAAUCGAUAUGGGUGCCACAGAUGGGCCAGGUGUUGCAGCUGAAGUGAAACCCCCGAGAUUGUCUGCUACGAAGAUUGCAAUCGAUCUAUUUCGAGAAAAAGGGAUAACUGGAAUAUAUAAGGGCUUCCGUGCUACGAUGUUACGUGAUGUGACUUUCUCUGCUAUAUACUUCCCAUUGUUUUCACAUUUAAAUGCCAUGGGCAAGCGAAGAGAAGGUAGCGACCAGGCUGUAUUCUACCAUUCCUUCAUCUCUGGUUGUGUAGCGGGGUCUGUGGCCUCAUUUUCUGUCAACCCAUUUGAUGUGGUGAAAACAAGACUUCAGACCUUACAUAAGGGGAAAGGAGAGUUGGAAUACCAAGGAAUUGCGGACUGUUUCAGAAAAAUCUACACCAAUGAGGGACCAAAGGCGUUUUUCAAGGGAGCAUUGUGCAGAGUUCUUGUGAUAGCCCCGUUGUUUGGAAUUGCUCAAACUGUCUACUAUCUUGGCAUCGCUGAGAGAUUGUUAGCAUCAGUAGGAUAUGAAACAUAGGGACAUAGAAUAUGUAGUUUUUCCAAAUUGUGAUAGAAUAGUUUAUUGCUUGUCCGAUUUUUAAAGAAAAAAUAUUAAAGAUGCAUUCUCACGGAUUGACAGUUUUGACAUUUUUUAAAAAAGUGUCUGAGAAUCAGCUUAUUUUGGCCUUCAAAAUAGAAUAGAUUUCAAUUGUAUAAAAAAAAACGCCAAAAAUUUCUUUUUUUAAAGUGUUAGUAACCCUUAUAGCUAUAGUAACCCUUAUAGCUAUAAAACAUCAAUUUUUGAACGUAAAUAUGAAAAACUGAUUGUUUGUCAGCAGUCUCACUGGUUUCCACACAUUAAUGCAAAAAAAUGGUUCCUUCCUAGAAAAAAUUUAAAAAGUUUUUAAAACGGUCAAUCUGUGAGAGUGCAGCUUUAAGGUAAUGCCACAGCCUUGAUGUUGUCAUAUUUUAUGAUAGCCAGCUUGCAGAAAUUGAAUUUUGGACAAUGAUGUAAGAACAUGUUUAUGUUAUUCAUGUGAAGUUUAGUAUGCAUAUGACUAUGUAGAAGGGCCAGUAACUCUGAUCUAAAGCACUGUUACAGUCAUCGUUAGAUCCUUCCAAUACAUUUCUACGCUGUGCUUUGUUGUGUACUUUGUGCCAUUUGGCUAGGAAAAUCUCGUAAUCAUGAAUAAUGAAUGAGGCAGUUUCAAAGGUUCCGUAUAGUACAAGAUGCUUUCUUGUUAAAAAAUAUUCUGGCCAAAGCUGAACUGGGUCUUUCUUUUCAGUACAAUAACUUUUCUCAGCAGUCAAACAACUCGUCGAUCGAGGCUACUGACUUGAAUUGUAAAAUGCAAAUUCAUUGGCAGAAGAGUUGUCUCCCUGCUUCAUGCAUAUUCAUAAAAACAAGACUUUGUCAGUCAGUUGUCCCACUGUAUGUAUGAAGUGUAACAGAAGAAAGUACCGUGGUUGCCAAUGAUGUGUUGAGGUAUAACCAUUGACAAAUGACCAACUGCAGCUGAUUGUAUAAACCAGUCAAGUUUUUGGUGGGGUCAAAGUUAUCCAAAAUGUUUAUUGAUUGGUCAAUAUUUAUCCAAAAUGUUUAUUGAUUGGUCAAUAUAUAUCCAAAAUGUUGAUUGAUUGGUCAAUAUAUAUCCAAAGAUAACUACUAACCAAUCAAUUUGUUUUAGUGAGUCAAGUAGCAAAAGAUAACCUUUGUACAAAUUAUCAAAAUGUUAUGCAAUUUACUGCUGCCAGGUUUCGGGAAAUUCAUCUGACCAAAAACAGAGUUUGGUAAAACUUGAUUCACAUCUUAAGAAAUAGCCAAAAUCAGUCUGGUGAAAGAAAACAUUUUUUUUUUGUGAUGUCUGCAACUGAAAAAAAACAGAUGAGCGUUGGCGCUUGCUGGCGGUGCUUUUGUUAUUUACUUUAAAUAUUGUUAAUAAGUAAGGAAGAUACGUGUAAAUGUAGAUGUUUAGGAUUUGUUGUUUAUAAUGUACACAAGGCCUUUUUGAUAGUUUUUGUCAAAAACUGUUUUGAAAUGUCAUUUUUUUGUAUUUUCUUCAUGUUAUUUGAAUAAUAUGUCCACCAAAAUUAGGAUUUGUUGCUGUCAGUUGAUAUGAUGUUGAAUCUGAUAACAAAGGCCAUGGCUAAAAAUAUAUUGCAUCUAAGUCCCAUGCAUUUGUUAAUCCACUUGACCAAGUGACUAGUUAAUCUUUCUAUUGGUUUAAUAGAUUUGAAUAUUCAUAUCUCGGUUAUCACAUGACUAGUAAAUUGCUCCAUUGGUUGAGCAGUUAUGAAUAUUCAUUUCAUGAAAAUCAAAUGACCUGUAAAUCUUUCCAUUGGUUGAGCAGUUAUGAAUAUUCAUUUCAUGGUUAUCACAUGACCUGUAAAUCUGUCCAUUGUGUUAGCAUUUAUGAAUAUUCAUAUCAGAGUUAUCACAUGACUAGUAAAUUUCUUGAUUGGGUUAGCAGUUAUGAAUAUGCAUAUCAGGGUUCUGACAUGACUAAUAAAUCUCUCGAUUGGUUUAUCAGUUACAAAUAUUUACAUUAGUGAGGUUCAAGGUCAUGUCAAUUGCAUUGUUUAUAUUUUAAAACUAAUAGUUUUAGUUUUUGAUAAAAUAGUUAGAUAUAUGUCAAUAAUAGAUGUUUCUAGGAUGUAGCUUGCAGCUCGAGUCUCGUUUAUGUCAUUAUAUAAAGAAACCUGCUUGUAUCAUUAAUUAAAUUCUCGUUUUUACACAUGUUCAUUUAUACUUGGAGAUCUGUUGUUUUUUAUAAUCAAUCUUCAGAAGUUGCUUUACGAAAAUGAAAAGAUAAUUUUAUUGUAUUAAACCGCAUAUACUCUAAUUUAAUCUUUAUAAACUAGUCAGAUUUACAUCUAUACAUUAUGACGCAGGGAAAAUUAGUGUUUUUUCAAUGUUUUAAUCAGUCUCUCUGCCAUAUUUGAAUAAGUAUUGUGUACAUGUAUGAUUAUAAUUUUAAUAAUGAAAUGUAGUAUGGUUGUUCAAAGGUUUAUAUGGACUUGCCAUACUAACUGGCCACAUAAAUUAUGCUUUAUGCAUUUGUACGGUAUCGUUUGGCCUUUCUAAGUCCCUAAUUGUGUGUUUGAUGUGCAAAAAUUGUGAGGUUUUGUGUAUGUUAAUAUUCAGAAAUGUACAUCAAUAACAUAUUAAGUUACAUAGAAAAGUAUUGGGUUUUUUACAUUUUUCUAUUAAAUUAUUUUGAAGUAUCACGAUAACUUCCAUGUUACAAGUAACACUAUUUAUUCUAAUACUGUUUUUUGUUUUUAAACAAAAUAUGCAUCUUUUUUGACAAUUUCUUUAUUUACAAGUAAUAUCUUUAUGAAUUUUGAUGAUUUGAUAAUAAAUCAAAAAUAAGUUUUUUUCUAAUUGUCAUGUUAUUAGCUCGAAUGUUUAACAAAGAAAGAAAGUCAAGGUAUUGUCAUAACCUUGGUGUCGUGCAGUUGUUGUUGUUGUUGUUUUUAAUCAAUGGACGUAUGCAAAACCUUUGUCAUAACCCAAAAACCAAGAUAUGAAACCUUGUACACACCUUAAAAGUACAAACUUUGUAUAGACAAUAUUCAUGUAUAGCCAAGGCCCACAACUAUGGCAGCAAUAAGUAUUGAGUUAUGUCCAUUUUUUGACUUGAAAACAAUAGACGAGUGUUAAAGUUCCCUCCGCAGCACUCUUGGUUACACACUUACAACUUACACCUCAUCAAACAUGUUUUUGUAUUAUGAUAAUGUUACAUACGUGUGUUUAUUAUAAUCAGGGUUUAAUAGAUGUUUAUUUGGAACUCAAAAGAUUUGGGGUUUUCCUAGAUGUUAAUAUUUCUAGAUCACGGUCUGAAACUAUUACUAUUGCCGCAAACACCAACUUAAUAUGAACAGAAAACACUUUGAAAACACAUUUAUAUGAGUAGUAGCCUUACAGUGAAGGGAGAAGGGAAAAUAUUGAUUUGUACCGGAUUUUCUGCAUGCCUAAAACCAUCGAAAACCCUGAAGUAAUUGGGCUCUGAAUAAAGUACUUAUAUCAAACAAUAAUCAACAAAAUGAUGUGUUCUAAUGAAAUUUACUACAAUGAAAUAUGUAUUACGAAAUUUACUGCAAUGAAGUAUGUAUUACCUUAAAUUUAGAAUGGUUGGCAUUUAUUGAUUUUUUGUGUCGGCAUUUUUGAUUGUAUUUUUGAUUGUUGUCUCAUGAAUUUUAUGUGUUGUUAAGUACAUUCUGUGUACAAUCAAAACUUGCUAUGUCGAAGGCGUUGGGACCUCGUGAAAUACUUGAGAUAACGAACAUUUGAUAUACCGUCAAACCCUCUUGGCUCGAUAUCGCAGGGUCCAACCAGAAUACUUUGAGCCUCGCGAAUACACAGCCAAGCAAGAAUGCUUACAAAGAAUAAAACAAAUUGGUCCUUUACAUCCAGUUCUAGCCAAAGAGAAUAUAAAGCCAAGCAAUAUUAAGCCAGUGGGUUUCGACUGUAACCGAACAACCAAAAUGUGUGUAACUGAACCCAACACAUUCGAAAAAACAUAACCAGAACAUCGAGAUAGAAAAUUUUGACAUAACAAGUUUCGACUGUAUGUAUUAUGAAGUUUGUAUGGGUGAAUCUCUUAAGUCAUACCUUAGUUUUUUGGUGUCACCUUAAAGUGUCGACACAUGGGGAUUAGUUUGUCCGUCAUGGUUGGUUUAUAUAUAUAUAAAUGAAACUUUAGAAGUAGUAAUUUAGUGGUUAGUUCAUGCCAAUCUUGAUGUCAUUCAUCGCAGGUCUAGCAGCAUUUUGGGUACCCAGUAAUUAAUUACUCCUUUUGCGAAAAUCCCAUCAACCAGUGGGGGUAAUCUCCCAUUUAGACCUCAAAACUUUUUUGAAAGUGUUACAAGAACAAACUUUGGAAUGUGAUGGGGUCAAGCCAUUAUAUUGCACGGGUAGACCUUUAUUAACUCAACAAGAGGCCAUUAUUUGUAUUAAUGAUGAAUUGCUUUCCUAAGUAGUUGUUUUAAUUUCUGAUUCAAUAUUUUUAAACUAUUUUUCUCUAAACCAUUUUGUUUAUCUUUGAAUUUUUGUUCUGCUUAGGUGGUAAAGGGUUUAAUUUGUAUUCUGUGUAUAUUUAAAAACAAUCAUUUUACAACUGGAAUAUAAGAAAGAUAUAAUAUUGAAUGUAAGUUAUAUGAUAUGUUUCUUUUAAACACCUUUUGACAACAGUAAAACCUUGAGGAACCUUUGUAUCUGUCCUAUUAUAUGUAAGAGUUUUUUGAAAGCAAGUGUAUUUUACAUUGCCAGUAUGCAAAUGCUUUGAAAUCAUGAUUUUAAAAGAUUGUAAAACACCCUUUUUAGUCUGCACAUAAAAAUUGUA